CCGCGGCGGCGGCGAGCGUUCAGCCGGCCGCCCCGGAACGUUGCGCCGUGGCGCUGCCCAGCGGCCGGCGGCCUUUCCGGGUGCGCGCCGACUUCCAACUCGGGCGGUGGCCAGUCGGUCGGGGUGAGAACCCUGCCGAGGGCCGCAGGGGCUCGAGCUGCGCGUGCCGCUUGUCACCUCAGGCUCCGCGGCGCGUGGAGAAGCCCGAGCUCCUGGGAAAUGCCGAGGAGAAAAGUGCCCCUGAGAUGAGCGCGGCCGCAGGUGGCGGACUGUGGCGACUGGCCGUUCUCCCGCGCGGUGGCAGGACCGCGAUGGGAGGUCCCUUCCUGCCGCCCAUUGCAGCGUGAGCAGCCGGCGGCCGGCCGAGGGCUGUCCGUGCGCCAUGGACCCCCGCGAAGACCUGGGAGCGCAGCUCGGCGGUGGUCGCCAGCCCAGGGGCCCGGAGCCCGAGGGGCGCCGAGGGGCGCGGGGCGCCGGCCCGGAGCGGCUGUGGGGCCUCGGGGGCCAGCGGCAGGGGACGCGCGCGGAGAGCGGCCACAGGGAACAAGAUCGAAACAGAGUUUCAGAAGAACUUCUAAUGGUUGUCCAAGAAAUGAAAAAAUACUUCCCAGUGCAGAGACACAAUAAACCAAGUACCCUAGACGCCCUCAACUAUGCCCUCCACUGUGUACACAGUGUGCAAGCAAACAGUGAAUUUUUCCAGAUUCGCAAUCUGGGAGCACCUCAGGGGGAAGUGACUGUGUACAGUCUGAAGGAACUGGCCACCGUUGCUUCCGAACACACUUCCAAGAACACAGAUACCUUUGUGGCCGUGUUUUCGUUUCUUUCUGGAAGGUUAGUGCACAUUUCUGAGCAGGCUGCUUUGAUCCUGAAUUGUAAGGAAGAUUUCCUGAAGUCCUCUCACUUUGUUGACCUGCUUGCCCCUCAAGACGUGAGGGUGUUCUAUGCACACACAGCUCAAGCUCAGCUUCCUUUCUGGAGCAACUGGAUCCAAAGAGCAUCACAGCAUGAAUAUGCUCCAGUGAAGUCCUUUUUCUGCAGGAUCCGUGGAGGUGGAGGCAGAGAGCACGAGAAGCAGUACUCCCCGUUCCGGAUCAUCCCCUAUUUGGUUCAUGUACAUAGCUGUGCCCAACCAGAAUCAGAACCUUGCUGUCUAACGCUGGUUGAGAAGAUUCACUCUGGUUACGAAGCUCCUCGAAUCCCAGUGGAUAAAAGAAUUUUUACCACAACACACACCCCAGAGUGUGUGUUUCUUGAAGUAGAUGAAAGAUUCCUUCUGAAGAACUUGCUGGAAACACAGAUGCCUGGUCGUGCCAGAGCAGUGCCUUUGCUGGGCUACCUACCUCAGGACCUGAUCGGAACCUCCGUGUUAGCUUGCCUGCACCCAGAAGACCGUCCCCUGAUGGUUGCCGUGCACCACAAAGUCUUGAAGUAUGCAGGCCACCCUCCCUUUGAACACUCACCCAUUAGAUUCUGUGCUCAAAAUGGAGAUUACGUCGUACUGGAUUCCAGCUGGUCUAGCUUUGUGAACCCCUGGAGCCGGAAGGUUUCCUUCAUCAUCGGUCGGCAUAAAGUUCAGACGUGCUACUGGGCACAAAGGCAGAUAGGGCUGCUGCUACGCUGUUGUGCAUGGAGUCCACUAAAUGAGGAUGUUUUUGCUACGAGAAUAAAAAAGACGAACAGUAAUGACAGAGACAUAACAGAAUUACAAGAACAGAUUCGUAAACUUCUGUUGCAGCCCAUCCACUCCAGUGCUUCCAGUGGCUACGGGAGCCCGGGGAGCAGCGGUUCGCAGGAGCAGCAGGUCAGCGUGGUGUCCUCCAGCGAGUCGAGCGGGCCUUGUGCAGAGGAAGCACAGAAGGAGCCGAUGACCUUGAAGCAGGUCUAUGCCAGUGUGAACAAAAUUAAGAAUCUGGGUCAGCAGCUCUACAUCGACUCAGUGGCCAGAUCGUCAGUCAAGCCAGUGAUGGGGACGUGCCCAGAGCCAUCUGGUGGUGGUGAACAGAAGAUCUCUUCCUUCUCCCAGACACUGAAAAAGAGAAGCAUGCACACUGAGUCAGGGGAGGACAUGAGGAAGGCCCGGCAUAGCCCAUCGUAUCAGCAGAUGAACUGUAUCGAUGGCGUCAUCAGGUACCUGAGGAGCUACCACGUCCCAGCUCUGAAAAGGAAGUGCGCAUCCUGCACAGACACGCCAUCCUCGGCCCCAGAGGAGGAGAAGUGGGCCCCCCAGGCCGAUGACCCCCACACGCUGCCAGCUGUCGCGCAGAUCCCCGCCAUAUCUAAACCGAAAGUGCCCCCAAACGGACGGCCCACCACAGCUGAAGCAGGCGCGGCUCGAACCCUGACCACUGCAGCGCUGAGCCUGGGGUCGGGCACCAGCCAGUGCAGCUACAGCAGCACCAUCGUCCACGUCCCGCCCCCAGAGCCAGAAGAUGCCGCCCUACGAUGUGAACCCUGGAGCCUGAACACCCAGCCAGGUCCUUUCACUGCAGAAGAACUCAGACACGUAGGGCUCACAACCGCCGCUCUGUCAGCCCACACGCAGAGGGAGGAGCAGGACUAUGUGGACAGGUUCCGGGAAAGGAUCCUGGCAUCACCCUACAGCUGCUAUCUUCAGCGAGAAAGCAGAAGCAAGGCCAGAGACUCCUGUGUCCAGGGAGAUUCUACUUCCAGACACACCAGGUCAGCGGGGUGCAGGAAGAGGAAGCACAAACGAAAGAAGCUGCCAGUGUCCUUGGACAGUAGCAGCUCCAGUGACGACUUCGGUUCCCAGGGGCCGCUUCAGGACGUGCCACCCUGGUGCCCUUCCACCGCCUCUUCUGCCUGCGCCUCAGGCCUGGGCUGCCCAGCUUCCGUGAUGGUUCCUGGCCAGGCCUCUUACCUGCUCCCAGCUUUUCCCCUGCCAGCCUGGGGAGCUGCACCUGAAUGUCCACCGAGGCUGCCUGUGUAUAGUGGCCUGCAGCACCUGCCAGCUCUUCCUUCCUCACACAUGGACACUUUGACCUUUUUCCUGCACGAUCCCUCCAUCUGUUCUCUGUGGUCACCAUCCUUCUCUCCAUAUCUGUUAUUGGGGGCCACAGACUCUUCUGAAAUCCCACCCUCAGUGUCAGCAAUGGCUCCAAACCUGGAACCACUUUCUUUCGUCAGCAGCAGCAGGACAAAGGAGGAAAACUGGGAGAGGCAAAAGGAAGGGCAUCCAUUCCUUGGUUCUCGGAGCAGCUCGCCCCUGCAGUUGGACCUGCUCCAGGAGGAAGCGCCUGCAUCUACCGAGGCCCUGGAUCACUGUGUUCCAGAUGGCUGUGGCAGCAGGAGCAGUUCUGCGGCUAGUGACCUCUCCACAGCCCUACCCCACAAGGUGACUCCGUCUGGAACUGGUUCUGCAGCCUCAGGAAGCAGUGGUAGCUGCAUAUACUUCACUAGUAGUGAUGACUCUUCUGAAGUCUCUGAAAAUGGGCAGCAAUCUCAGGAGAUACAGAAAAAAAAUGCCUUUCCCAGUUUAGCUGAGGAUCCCAUCUGGAAAAUGAUAGCACAAACGCCGGAGUGCGUUCUGAUGACGUAUCAGGUGCCGGAGAGGGUUACGGAAGUUGUGCUAAAAGAAGAUCUAGAAAAAUUGGAAAGCCUGAGAUCGCAACAGCCCCACUUUUCUCCUGGGCAGAAGGAAGAGCUAGCCAAGGUGCAUUCUUGGAUUCAAAGCCAGACUGUCCCUCGAGGGAUGCAUGUCCAGGGUCUUGCUAAGCUGAGGGUGACCUUGAACUUGGGCAGUGCUCCUGCCUAAGCCUCCUGAAUUGCUAGGAUUAUAGAACUGCGCCACCUGUGAAGACAGAGGGUCAGCUGGUGACGCUGCGGAGGCCCGUGGGCCACGUCCAGCAGAAGACAGCAGCUGAGCCACCACGAGGAUGUCCUUGCACAAGCUUUCCGGGCACGUGUGACAGACCUCCCUGUGUGUAUCUAAAGCCCGACUCAAAGUGACCACAAAGUCAUCAACAGAAGACUUCCCUCCUUACUUUAGCAGACAUCACUUUUCUGAAGCAGACAUUGUAUAUUGAAUCUUCUCUUUGUUCCUGAUGUUAAAACUGCCAGUUAGACUCCUUUCUCGUUUAGCUGCCUUCUAGAGAGAUCGAUUGCCUUUAAAAGGUAGGUGUCUGGCAAAAUUUUAUUUCAGACAUUACCCAGAAUAAAUCACGAUGAGAAGUACAGCUGAAAUGAGCCCACGGCAGCCUCGUCGGUCGAUCUGUUGUGGCUAAGUCGUUCUCGCCCUAGAGCGCGAGGAGCAGCCACUCCCGCAGCGCGUUCCCAUGAUGGUCUCCACAGCACGUGCUCUCCCGUAGCUCAGAGAGACGUUCCAGUUUCCUGCGGCACGAUCAAGCCCAUUGUCCACCAGUAAAUCUGUAAAUAACUAUUUUUAGGACUGAAUUUUGACUACCAUUCUUACAAAUGCAAUUUUACUUUUUACUUUUCACUGAAAGACUUUUCUAAAAAAAAAAAAUCCACCAACUUAAAAGGGGCUUAUUCUUUGGAGAACUUAAAUUAGCAUUUGCAAAUAUAAUGUUAAAACAAAAGAACUCUUUAUUCAACCAAGAGUGUUUCUUUUUAAGAUUUUUGAUUUUAAAAUAAUGAUCGUAAAAGUGACAAAAGUUCUGUAAGUUAAUAUUAUUACAUAAGUGUUCAACUAACUGUUAACUCUUGAUUUUCACUGAAUUUAUACAAAGAUGUCUCUCCAUGCUGACCAGAGGUCUGAUUGGCACUGCCUUUUGUUUGCCCUUGAACAGGGUAAGUGUUCUUAUGCCCAGUGAGGAAUCUCUGGGAAGCUCAGCCACCCCAGCCUCCCCAUCCCUCGGGAUUCCGCGAGUCAGGAGUCAGUGCUUUCUGUGCCCCUUGCCCACAAGUCUCAAGAAGUGAGUGUUGACUUGACUCAUUGACUCACUGUGGUGCUCUAGAAGUCCAAGGUUCCUUCUCAGACUUAGAAAGGUAUGUGAGAUUCACACCCGUGCAGAGCAGAAAAGGAAAUAGAAGAUGAAGGUCACAGUAACCUUAUAUUUUUUAUAUAACUUACACAAACUUACUUAUUUUUUCUUUCUUUGCUUUGUUUUUUGUUUGUUUUAGGAAAAGACUUCUUUCUCCUUUGAAAUUUUAUAGCUUUAUCUAAAUGUACCAUAAUGAUUAGGCAAAUUGACCUUUUUGUGGAAAAAAUGGACCCUGAUUCUCCAAUCCUGUAGCUCAGAUUUCCUUCCCAAAGUAGUGGGUGUGAAUUUAGUCUUCAGGUGUCAAAAUCAUUUUCAAAUGCUGCCUUUGACAUUUAUUGGAGUUUUCUAAAAUCAAGCAUUCUCACACAAAUCUUCCUGUUUUAUGAAUAGAGAACUCUCAUAUUCUAUUCCAUCUUGAUAGUUAAAUGACUUCUGGGGUCUUUGUGUGUUGAUCCAGUUAUUGUGGUAUUUUUUUCCCUUGGUUAAAAAAAAUUUUUUCCCAGUUUAAAAAAAUUAGCCUGUCUACUGACGACUUUCUAGAGUAGUAGAGUUUUUAGUUUGUGUAAAUCAGAAAUGGCAUUUGGAGCCGUCGGGGUCAUUCUGUCUUCACAGGUGCGUGCUAAACUUUGUGUUCUUGCUGACGACAAAAGGCUUCUUUCUGCUGUUUUAGAUGUUCGCUCAGAGUCACCUGUUGCUCUGCCUUCGUGCACGUCCUGUGGAGUGCACAUGCCACUAGGCUGGAUUGGACACGGUGCUUAUCACAGGCAGAUCUGCAAGACCACUCAGGUCUCUUCUUUUGAUAAGAGGAUUGUUUAGUGCUUGUAGAGAUUGUCCCUACCACUGCUCCCCAUGGGGCCUCACCCAGUGGAAGCUUUGUCGUUCAAGCUUAUUAGCUUUUAUAUUAAUGCCGUAGGGCUUGGUGAUAAAAGUGUGUAUUACAGGCUUCCAUGUUUACAUAAAUACUACCCAAAAAGCUUUAUUUUCUUGGGUCAGAGGUCACGAUUUAUGAAAAGCAAGAUGCUGUAUAAAGGGAAUAGUUUUGCAAUCACACAAAACUUCAUUAUAAUUCCUAAGGUCAAUUCAGCCCAAAUCGAAAUUUUGUUUCAACUGAAUUUGUAAUUAUGUGAUUUACUUGUUUUUAAUGGCUAUUAAUAUUUUAAUUGGGAAUCUUUUUUAAGUAAAACAAUAAACUACAUGUAAAACCUG